AUGUCAGGACGCUAUUCCCUACGCACAUCGCCACGGAAAAAGGAGCUUUUCGAUGGCAUGGUAGAGACGCCGGCCAAGACACGCUCUUCUUCACGACGCCAAUCCUCGUUCCCGCCUGAGACUUCUGACAACGAAGUACCCGAACCGACGGCCUCUGCUUCGCCCGUGAAGCGCUCUCGCUCUGUCCGCCGCCGCACGCUCGCCAAGUCGGACAACGCGCCGGCGCAAGACGACGAAAAGGACACGCCCGAGACCAAGUCCACCCGGUCCACGUCCAGCAAGAUGGAGAACGGCAACGGCGCGCACAAGCGCUCGGCCUCGCGCCCUCGCACGUCCAAGUCGUCAGAUGCGACGGCCGAGGACGUCAAGGUUAGCGUCGUUGACGGCUGGAAGCCCGGCCAGGACCCCAAGAUUGACUACUCGGGCGAGUUUGAAUUUGGUGGCUCCGUCGGCACCUUUUUCAUGAUGCUCUUCUUCCCCAUCCUCAUGUGGUACAUGUGGGUGGGCGCCACCUACUACAACGGCAAGUUUCCCUCGCGCGAGGUCGGCAUGAGCUGGGCCGCCUUUGGCCGCCACCUCUUCGACCUCGUCUACACGGGCGCGUUCCCUCACGCCAAGGCCUGGCUCUGGUACUGGUCGUACCUCAUCUUCGAGGGCGCCUGCUACUGCCUCCUUCCCGGCGUCUGGGGCUACGGCAAGCCGCUCCCCUUUCUCGGCGGCAAGCAGCUCCCGUACUUUUGCAACGCCUACGCCAGCUUCUACUUCACCCUCGCCGUGCUGGCCGGUCUGCACUUUAGCGGCGUCUGGCCGCUGUACACGGCCAUCGACGAGUUUGGUCCUCUGCUGUCGGUCGCCAUCUUCAGCGGCUUCAUCGUCGCCUUUGUCGCCUACUUCUCCGCCCUCUACCGCGGCAAGCAGCACCGCAUGACCGGCUACCCCGUCUACGACUUUUUCAUGGGCGCCGAGCUCAACCCCCGCAUGUUUGGCAUCCUCGACUUCAAGAUGUUCUUUGAAGUCCGCAUGCCAUGGUACAUUCUUCUCAUCCUCAGCCUCGGCGCCGCUGCCCGCCAGUACGAGCAGUACGGCUACGUCUCGGGCGAGAUAAUGUUCCUCGUCAUGGCCCACUACCUCUACGCCAACGCCUGCGCCAAGGGCGAGGAGCUCAUCAUCACCACCUGGGACAUGUACUACGAGAAGUGGGGUUUCAUGCUCAUCUUCUGGAACCUGGCCGGCGUGCCCCUCUCGUACUGCCACUGCACCAUCUACCUCGCUAAUCACGACCCCGCCGAGUACCGCUGGAACCGCGUCGCUCUCGCCUUCUUUUACGCCGCCUACCUCUUCUGGUACUGGGUCUGGGACAGCUGCAACUCGCAAAAGAACCGCUUCCGCGCCAUGGAGCGCGGCAAGCUCGUCGGCCGCAGGACCUUUCCCCAGGUCCCCUGGCAGACGCUCGAGAACCCCGAGGUCAUCCGGAGCCCCCAGGGCACCAUCCUCGUCAACGGCUGGUACGGCCUCGCCCGCAAGAUUCACUACACGGCCGACAUUUGGUUCUCCAUGUCCUGGGGCCUCAUCACCGGCUUCGACAGUCCCUUUCCCUGGUUCUACCCUGUCUUUUUCCUCUGCAUGAUUGCGCACCGCGCCGCGCGCGACAUUCACCGCUGCCGCCAAAAAUACGGCGACGCCUGGCUCGAGUAUGAGCGCCGCGUGCCCUACCUCUUUAUUCCUUACGUCUUUUAA